AUGGGUUUUAUCAUUGCAAAAAGUGACACGUGUUUGUUCACUUUUAAGCAAGGUGAUGAUAUGACUUACCUCUUACUUUGUGUUGAUGACAUUAUUUUGUGCACAUCUUCUGAUGCUCUGGGUGAUGGUUUGAUCUCCCAUCUAAAAAUAAACUUCUCGAUGUCUGAUUUGGGGCCACUAAAUUAUUUUCUAGGUAUUUCUGUUACACACUCUUCUUCUUUUAUGCUUCUCUCUCAGCAAAAUCAUGCACAAGAAAUUUUGGAACGUGGAGGCAUGGGGACUUGUAAGCUUGUUACCACUCCUGUCAAUACUAAUGCAAAACUCAAUGCAGAUUGCGGUCCUCCGCAGGAUCCCACUCACUACUGCAGUUUGGCAGGUGCUCUUCAGUACCUUACAUUUACUCAUCUGACAUUGGCUAUGCGGGUAUGCCUAUUUAUGCAUGAUCCCCAAGAGCCUCAUUUUAAUGCACUAAAGCGCAUUCUUCGCUACAUUCAGGGUACAUUUGAUAAUGGGUUACACUUAUAUUCUACUACUACUGCACGCUUGAUCACUUACAUUGAUGCAGAUUGGGGUGGGUGUCCUAACACUCGCCGAUAUGUAGGGUUAUGA